GGUUGGGAGAAAAACUAUUGAAAAUCUCCGGUCGAGAUUCCUAAGUGUUUCACAUUGUAUGAGAAAGAGGCAACCUUACAAAAAAGGACACAUUUUCUAGGUGAGAUGCCAAGAAACAUGGUGUCAGACUACUCAGGAAUGGGAUAUGAAAUUCCUUCGGAGGUCCAGUUUGGAAACUUGGAAAAACCACAUCCUCUUGAGAGUGGAAAAGCACUCACAGAUCAAAAACACUCAAUUUUGGAUGAAGAUGAAUGGUUGAAAGAUCUAACUCACGAAGAAAAGGAUGUCCUCCUGUUUUUCGAAGAAACUAUUGAUUCCUUGAAUGACGAUGUGGAGGAACAAGGCUUGCAUGACAGUGGUGUCUUCUGCCAUUCUCUAAAGCUGGUAGAAGAAAACACACCGAACCAUUCAGGGUCUGAAGAGCUCAUAGAAUUGGUCCCGUCAGCACCAAAGAACAGCACAGAACCAGCAUCAGAGGAAACUUGGAAACUGGAUGAGCCAAAGCUGGAGGAUGUUGAACCAUCAAAGGAAGAUGUUCAUCCAGUUUCUCUUCAGCCAACGCCACCUUCACCACCCCCGUUGCCUGUCGGUGAGACGUAUCCUGCUCAACCCACUAUACUACAUCCAAAGCUCCUUCACUCCAUCCCCACACCGCUGUUGAUUGCCGAGAAAUUGUCUGAGCAGCAGACAAAGGAAAGAAACGCCAAGGAGGGGAGGACCAUCUCCACUUCCUCCACCCUAUGCAGUGGGGAGCAGGUCAAGCCUUGUGCCCCACCCCCAGCUGCUCCCAAACCCCAGAGGUUCCCGAGCAACAUCAGCUUCACCAAUGCCAGUGAGCGGGAAUUCAGCAAAAUCAUCUCCAAGGCAGCCGUCAACGUUCAACAGCGCAAGGCGCAAGUGUUGGCCAAUGUCAACGCUUCAGCCCUGCUAUUAAAUGAGUUGGGAGAGAGGCUGCAGAAGCGUGGACUACUGGGCCCCAGCCAAAGCUUGCCCCUUCAUGAUUUACCUUCUGAGUCCAUGGGCCAUGAACCCUUGAGUAGUUUAAGCCUGGUUGAGAAAACUCUUGCCCGGGCCCACCUCAUCCACCCUCUCAACGUCCUUUCCAUAAAGGGCGAGAGGCCCGAACAAGGAUGCGGCACACCAGAUGGUUAUCAAAACAUCCAUGAAAUCAUGAAAAAGGAUCCUAAUUUGUUACCCACCCCAAACAAAACCAUGACUGUCAAGCCAGAGGCUGAUCUUGUAGAUAGCAAGUCUGCUUGGCCAAGUAUUUCUGGACAACCUCAACAAGACCUCAUCUUUGACAUGCAGAGAAAGUUGAGCUCGCUGCCCAAAACUGCAGGACUCCAAUCCAAGGGUGUCACAGUGCAAUUUUCCAGCCGUGGAUCAACAGAAGAAGCCCGAAGGGAGGCUUUACGAAAACUGGGACUUCUGAAAUAAUAGUGGAUGGAGGAGAACAUCUAGAGAACAUUAUGUGCCCGAAGACAGAUUCCAAUGAAAUCCAUUCUAUUUACCAUGCAGGCUAAGGAAGUGUUUGGAACUCUAUUGCUCUCUGCUGGCAUUUGGGAUGGAUGUCCUUGACAUGAACUCACUGUGCUUAUCAGUCUUCAAGGCAUUUCAUAAAAGCCCGUGUGAAAGUGAGUGUCAAGCUUUAAAUGAAAGUCAAUGGGUAGUUUGUGUAUAAGCCAUCUUUGUGUCCCUGGCCAAGUACAUCAGAGAAUCCCUUGGAUAAAACCCGGAAGAUCCCAAGAGGACUGUGUUAAGGAAUUCUAUAAGGAUAAAUGUAUAUAUCCCCACAUAUCGGACAGCUUAAAUUCGUAAUAAACCUGCUAUCACAAAGGUUUAACACCACACACAGACUGCAGAUCAUUCCUUUUGUAGAGUAACUGGUGAGAUUGUAGCAAACUUUUCCAGUUUGGUUGAUAGCUUGAAGAAUAUCGAGCCUACUAGAUUUGACAAAAGAUUCCGUUUCAUCCAGUGUUCCAUUUCCUGUAGCUUUGCGGUCUCUGUGCUGCUGAAAAUCAGUUGUGUAAAAACGAUGGGGGGGGGACCCCAAUAUGUCAUAAGUCUGGGUUGAAAUCUUGGGCGCCCCAUUUUUCUGACCCCCGAGGCUUCACGUUGAAGCAUAUGAUGACCUGCUUUUUCCUCUACCAUGUCUAAUACAGGAUACUCUACAGAAGUGGUAUUCAGCAGGUUCUGACCAGUUCUGGAGAACUGGUAGCCCCCCCAAAAAACAGUUGAAAAAUGGCCUGAAAAACAGGCCAAAAAAUGAGUGGGGGCUGGGCCCAGCCAGUGGUGGGAUUUGCCGGUUCGCCGAAUUGCGCAGAAUCUUAAUUACCGGUUCGCUGAACCGGUGAGAACCAGCAGCAGCCUACCUCUGGCAUGUUUGGUGGCAGUUCUGACAUUAUGGAAUUUGGGGGUGCAGUCCCAGCUCUCUUACUCCAGUGAGUAGCUCUGGAAGGUAGGAAGCCCAGAAAUUGUCUUGCGUGAUAAGAAACAGAGCCUUUUCUGGGACCCGAUGCCCUCCUUCCCUAUCGGAUCCUUCUGGUUAAGCUGUCCUGUAGCAAUAACGCUGUGAAUUCUUGUUUCAUCUCAAGCCCUCUUUAAGUCGAAGUGGUGUGACGACGGCCUGUGAAUCCAGAGUAAGCGAGUCCCGUUGACCUCAUGAUGGAGCAAUAGCAUUGCCUGUGAUUUCAAUAGAAUAAAUAUCCUUCUGUUGCCA